AUGUAGUCGAGAUCAGAGCUCUCAAUUAGGAAUUCUGCGUUGGUGCACAAAGUGGGGAGGGAGGAGAGGAAGGGACUCGUCUUCUCUCUGAAAGUGUUUUUGUCUGACUGGGACGGCAACCUUGUCCGCACUGCAGUCUAUACCUGUUAGUCUCUCUCUCUCUCUCUUAAUUUUACAAACCUAGGGUUGGAAAUUGUGCCAAGGAGCCUUUUUCAUUGUGGUUCGUUUGAGCAACUAGAAACAAGCUGAUUAUUUGUGUGCAUGCUGUCAAUGUGACAUAUAUACACAGGUGUCUCCAGUUUCUGGCUGGUUACAUGCAGCACAGGAAAUAGGACCGUGAUUUGCAGGGCUUCAGUUUUGGCUAUAGUAAUGUGGUAUAUAGUAGGUUGGUAUGUGUAACGAAUCUCACUUCCGGUAAUCAGUGGUGUAGUGAGUAUGACAGAUGAUCAUCUAUUGAGCGGGCCUUAAAACGCACUUGUACAUUUGUUAGAGAACGUAGGCGUGCAGUAUAGUAUCAACAGACACACGCAUCAGAUGGAAUUAGCAACAUGGUUCUCCCUGUGGAAAUCAUUGCUCAACUGUAUGUUUGUCCUCCCUCUCUCUCCCUCUCCCUCCUCCCCUCAGCCCUGGAGGAGCUGGGUCUCCAAGAUGUCGACUCUGUAGUAGUGGCUUUCCCUCCGUCUCCCCACAGCCCAGAGAACAUGGCUGCCAUGAAGGAAGUCUGGAAGAGUGUGGAGCAGUUGGUGCAUGAUGGAGUGACUGAGACUGUGGGUGUGGCCGAUUUGAUGAGACCGCAACUGGAGGAGCUACUUAGCUGGGCCACUAUAAAACCAAUGACGGAUCAACUAAACUUGGCCCACUGCUGCAUUAUACCACAGGAUCUGAAGGAUUUCUCCAAGAACCACAACGUGACUCUCAAUACCCACAACGACGAGAGGGACAUCCUCCCUCCCCCGCAGCUCCAGGCCCUGGUGGGCGGGGUCUGUGGUAACCACGACAACCAGUGGGGAUACAGCUGGGCGACUCGCUACACCUCCAUCAUCCACAUGAGAGGCAUCAUCGCCCACAAGGGGUACCUGCUGGAACUCCAAAAGACCCAGUGAUUGCUAGACCAAAGAACUAUAGCCAUUGACAUAUGUUCGAUCCCUUCUCUUUAACUUUGUCUGUGUGUGUGCUAUUAUUAUAGAAACUUAUUAUGGAAGAACGUA